AUGGACGAACCUGAUGAUAAGUCAAGUAGAAAAAAGAAGGCCUCGUUCCCGGAGAGGAACUUCCCUUCAAGUGGGAACCAGAACAGGAAAAAGAAAAAAAUAAAAGUUAGAAGCGACAUAGAGAGGAAGGGAGGUAAAGUGGCCAACGGGGGGGAGUCUCCCCCGAGUAGCCAUCCCCAUCAGGAACCCAUACCAUUUGACUUUUUCACGGAAGAGGACUACAAGAAAUAUGACGAUUUUGUCAAAUUCUGCGAGGAAAGCUUUGCCUACAUCGACAUGGAAGACGUGAAUAAACAAAUCGCUCUUCUCAAAUCGAGGGGUGGCCAAGCCGAGUUGUACUUGUCCAAUGUUGUUACCAGUUCGGGUGACGAGGGGGGAGAGGAUGGGUGCGAACGGGAGGUGCAGGAGAAGCAGGUUGCUACCCCCAGGAAAGAACAAAAGUAUAGGAAAAAUUUGAAGCUAAUAAAUAUAAAGAAGCACAAGCGAGCCAGGAUCAACGUGAUACUGAUUAGGAAGAAGUACACGGGGGGGGAGCAGACGAAGGGGGGGCAAACUACUGCUCAUCAAGACGCAGCUCAUCAGACUUCACCUCAUCAGACUGCACCUCAUCACACCCCCAACAACACCGCGGUCGUGUCCCCCAUUUUCAUGCCGGUCGGCACGAAGAGCUGCAUCAAGGGGCUAGUCCAGGAAGAAGUUCAGCUCCUGUGCAACGACAUCAUCCUCAGCAACACGUAUCACUUAGCCAACAUAUUUGAAAUGUCCACUUUUGUGGAUAACAAGGGAAUCAAUAACUUCAUCCGUUUUCCCAAUGCAAUGCUCACCGACUCGGGGGGGUUCCAGAUGGUGUCCCUGAGCAAGAGAAUAACCAUACUGGAGGAGGGCAUCCUCUUCGAUAACAUCUACGACGACGCGGUUAUGAGCAGGAAUGUGCGCGCGGUGGGGGGGGUGGGAGAAGUGAAGGAGGGAAGGGAAGUGAACGAAGUGAUGGAAUCGAAGGAAUGGAUGGAGGGGGAGGAAGAGAUGCAAGCUGUUUCCUCUGUCCCAGCGGAUGGCGCCACCCCCCCCAGGAGGGAAAUCAUGUUGACGCCCGAAACCUCCAUAAGGCUGCAGAACCAAAUCGGGAGCGACAUCAUCAUGGCCCUGGACGACGUGCGCCCUGCAACGGAAACGGACGUGGAAAAGAUAGAGGAGGCGACGCACAGGACCAAUAGGUGGCUUCAAAGGUGUAUACAAGCUCACAGCAGGGAAAGAGAGCAAACCCUCUUUGGAAUAAUCCAGGGGGGGCUCCACAUCAGACUGAGAAAUGAAUCGAUGGAAUUCAUACUGAAACGUAGACUGAAUGGUUAUGCUGUGGGGGGACUCUGCGGUGGCGAAAGAAAAGGCGACUUUUUCAACGUAGUGCACCAUUGCUCAAAUGAGAAAAAUAGAAAGUGGAAUUAUUUACCAGAAAAUAGAUGCAGGUACAUUAUGGGAAUCGGCUACCUCGCUGACAUUCUCUUUUGCUCUAUCCUAGGUUACGACAUGUACGAUUGUGUGUAUGCAUCGAGGACGGCUAGGUUUAACACUGCCUUGAGUUAUGACGGAACGAUCAAAUUGAAGCAAGCCAAGUAUGCCUUUGAUUUUUCUCCACUUGUAAGCAACUGUCAUUGCUAUGUAUGUUCUAAUUUUUCCAAAUCGGCUCUACAUCUACUUAUUUCGAAGAAGAACCCAAUUGUAAAUGUCCUCUUGACCAUUCAUAACAUUUACUUUACCUUGCACUUUUGCUACCUCCUGCGAGUUGCCAUCUUUUUGGAGAAAACCGACCUCUUCGUGACGACCUUCCUGUAUAACUACUUCGUCAUCGGGUGCAGGAAUGGCAACUAUAAGAUCCCCGAUAAUGACAAGGCAGCUCCGGGUGAGGAUACCUCAAAUGGGGGGCCAAUCCACCCCCAGGCGAAAAACACGCAAGAUGAAGCAGCACAUGGAGAAAAAAACGAGGUAGUGAGGAACACACCCACUAUACCGACUAUACUGACUAGUGAUGAGCCCCCCUCAAGGGAGCCAACUCAACCGAGUUGCUACCCAUCCACGUGCACAACCCCGACAGCGCAGGAAAAAGUCGAGAUGGUAAAGGAGUUAAAGGAUAAGUUGCCACACUGGGCUUUACAGGCGCUGCAAUAUGCAGAAAUAGGACUCACUUUUUGA